AUGCUUGAAUUUUGUCGUCAGCAGUACGCUGACAAUAAUGUACAGUUACGUUAUAUUCAAGAAUUUGAAGAUCAUUACGAUUCGCAUAAGACUAUCUGGUGGUAUACGCGUGAUACAUUUCUCUAUCGUCUUCUGAAUAAAGCAUUGAGAGAACAAGAUAUUGAUGUCUUGUAUUCACUGAGAUAUUUCAUUAGACAUCUUCAUUUACAAUUGAAAGAUUUUCAUUCUAAGCAAACAUCAACCAAUACAACUAUAGAAAACGAGAAACUGAUCACUGUUUAUCGUGGACAAUUAAUUAAAAACGAAGAAUUUGAACGUAAAAUACGACAUAAUCUUGGUGGUUUUCUCUCUGUAACUAAUUUUCUGUCGACGACAAUAGAUAAACAGCUAGCUACUGUGUUUGCUGGUUAUGGCGGUGAAGAUGACACACAAAGUAUUCUGUUUCAAAUAGAUAUUAAUCGAUCGGUAAAGAAAUUUCCCUAUGCUAAUAUCUCUGAAGAAAGUGUAUUCGGUGAAGAAGAAGGAGAAAUUCUAUUUACAAUGGGUUCUGUCUUUCGUAUACUUUCAAUUCAACCAAUUGACACUAAUAUGUGGUAUAUACAUUUGAAACUAACAGGUGAAGAAGACAUAGAAUUAAUGAAUUUAAUUGAGUAUAUGAAAGGUGGUCUUGAUGAAUUUACGCCUGAAAUUCAUUUAGCAAGAUUACUAUUCGAAAUGGCUCAGUAUAGUAAAGCAAUAAAAUUUUUAAACAUGGCUAUGCAAGACUCACAGCUUAUGGAAGAUUUUAUUGUAUGA